CCCAUGGGAUCAAAAUCUAUGUGCAUUACUCCUCUCCUUCCACGCCUCCCUCCUCUCCUUCCACGCCUCCCAAAUCACCGACCUAGAAAGUCGACCUUCAAGACGACGCCGACGAUAUCCGCCUCCAGAAGAUCGGAUAACGACGACCCAAACUGCAACUGCGGCGGAGGAAGAACAAGGCGACCCGUCGAUGAAAACAUGAUCGUUCUGCGGAAAAGGAUACACGAGAUGAAGAUGAUCGAGCGGAACUACGAGCCGCCGGCGGAUUGGAUGGAGUGGGAGAAACAUUAUUACACGAGCUACGAUUCGAUCAUAUGCGAUGUUUUGGGUGUUUUGCAGUCCAUGUUGAUGAAUACACGGCCGAGCCUCGCCGUGGGGAUGGUUGCUUUGAUUGUGUUGAGUUUUCCAGCGUCGGCGGCUUUCGUUGUUUUGAAUGCCGUUGACGUGACUAAAAGAAUCGUCGAAACUGGGAUUCAUUUAUGAUAUAAAUUCCAUAAUUAAAUGUCAAAAUAAUAGUUAAGAGUGUUGAAAUAUUAAUUAUAUAAU